AUGUCCGGAUCAAGAUUACUGCGAGUUGUUCUCAUUUCUGCCGCCGUUCUUCCGCUGACGAUUUCGGCUCUGAAAUGCUUCGAUUGUUAUGGAACCGGGCCAGAUCACAAAGAAUGCACCGAACAGCGUUCUUGCCAUGGAAUCGCCUGCAUGAUGUGUUCGUUUUUCAAAGAUUUGACGAGCUUAUAAGGGCAUUUUUGAUGCAACUUUGCUGAAAGUCUGGUUCCAGAUUAGGGGAAAUUUUCCUCGCGAUAGAUUCGAUUUCUCCCUAAUGAUAAAGCUUCAAAAACCUCGAUUUACCCAGUUUUUAGGUAGUAUUGAAGGCUCACAAGUCGCAAAAACAAGUUUUUCUUGUUUUGAAAAUUUUGAACUUGUUCUUAUUUGCGUUACUGUUGAGCCAACGAACAGCGGAAAAAAGUUAUAUAAGUAAGAUUUUUUUCCAUUUUUUUUCAGAAUGUUCAAUUUAGUACAUAAGAAAAAAAAACGGCUUUUUAUUGAACUCGGUAGGAAAGAAAAUUGGCUCCAUGACAAAGAAAAAAAUGGAGAGCUCGAACUGUUGUUACAGACACGCCCCAAUUUUUUUCGAGCAUUUCUAGUGAACACUUGGCAGCUUCAGCCUUUCUGAAGUGAUUUUUAGCGAGCCAAGAGCUUUGGAAUCGAUGUUUUUAGAUUUUUUUUUGGUUUCUAAAUGAGAUUCCACUAUUCAAAUUUGUUAGCGAACUUGGCUUGAAAUUCUAAACUUUAGAUUCUUUUUUUCAGUUGACGCUGGAGACAACAAGACGGCGUCGGCGUUUUGUCUCCUUGCAAUGAAAGGUGAUUUUCCCUCUCCAUUUUUGGAUAGGUUUUAUUAGUUCAUCUACUAGUUCUUGAUGUUUUUUCUGCAUAAUAUUGUGUCGAUCAAUUGCUUACCAAAAAGUUCGGGAUAAAACAACGCAGGGCUUGAAAAAGGUCUUGCGCGGAAAAAGUGUGCGAUAGAGCGCACAAGCCGAAAUUUCGUAUAGAUUUACGACGAUUUUGCAUUCCACAACACAAAAAAACAUAACAAUUCAAUAUCAUUGUAGGAACAAAGAUGGAAAAUCAAAAAGACGGCUGUUGGCUGGAGCCCGACGGCAAGGGCAAGCACUGCAUGUGCUUCAGCGAUUUCUGCAAUAAGCUUGGCGCCAAAUCCGAUGGAGCGCAGAUUGGUCGGUUUUUUGGGCCUUGGACUGUUUCCAGCGGGGAAUAGGAAGAUUGGGUUACUUUUAGAAUCAGUAGAUAUUGAAUGAAUUUUUCGAAUUAUAAUCAUUUUUGUUUCUCCUUGAGAAGUAGCUUUUGAAAAAAUUCGUAGCAACAUUUUCACAAGAAAAAGGAUAUUUUAACGAUUUUAUGACCUUUUUUUAGCACCUUUUCCACAAAGAAAUUUACAAGAGUUCAAAAAAAAUUUCUGUGAAGACCUUGUAGAUUUAGAUUUUUUUGACCUUUCUUUUGCCCAAAACUUUCUCAGAACCUUUUCUAACGAAAUUGGAAAAUAUCCAUUGUUUCUCGCGGGCAUCGCACUUUUUGUGUCUUUCAAAAAAUGUGUUUUCGAUUCUUUUCUGUCCUUUUUGGGGUUGGACAGUCCUGGAGCGUCUCCAAGUUGGGCCUGAAGUGAAAAGGAAAGUAUAAAAUGAGACCAAAAAAUGAGAAUAUAUUUUUCCCCAACGUUUUAUUUUUAUAUGAUUCUUAAAAUGAGAAGUCGGGGUUUUUCAUUUUCAAUUCAUCUGAUUUUCUCUGAUAUAUUUUGAAAGUUAUGAGUAGAAAAAGGUUCUCAGAAGCCUUAAAAAAGAAAAAUUAUCCGUUUCGCGCGCAAAUUUGCACUUUCCACCUGUCUUUUCAAAGAUACCGUGGUGCAGUACUUAAAAUCUCUCUUUUUUUCAUUUUUUCGGCCCAAUUCGAGUCCAGCGACCGAUUGCGUCAGAAACAGUUCUGUUUUCUCUUUCUCGGGAAAUGCUCCGCUGAGCCGAGAGCCGAUCGGGCGCCGUUUUGACUCCCAAGAAGAGUUCUCUUUCCGUUCUCACAAACAAUUUGGCGGCUUUCUGAGAGGAAAAAAACGAAAAUAAAUAGAUAGUUCUUUUUGGGAUGUGACAGGUGAUGGGUUUUUCGCUAGGUCAAUAUCGUUUUUUUCAAGUGAUUUGUGUUUUUGAUGCAGGUGAAAACUACUUAAAAUUUGGAUUUAACUAACAUUUUUCUGGAUAUUUAUAAAUAUCUGGUUUUUUUGCAGUGUUUCACUCUUUUAAGACAGUUUUUUGAGUCAUUUUGUCUUAAAAUAUAAAUGAAUCAACAAUUUUUUUCAAAUAAUUAUGUUGGAGAAGCUUUUUGAUAUGAAUUUUUGGAUAAUCAGAACCAAAUCUAUACCUUCACUAAAUUUUUAUCGAGAGAUUAUAAUUAAGCCCAAAUUUGAGUUGAAAAAAAGAAUAGCCAUGAAUUUUUCAGAAAAAGCUUAAAUUCUAUGAAAAAAAGCUUCAAUCAAUUGAGGAUCAUGAAUAAUAAAGUGAAACUAUGAAAAAAAUACGUUUGGAAUUUUUUUUUUUUAGAAGCUUAGUUUUCCUUUGAAAAUCGUGUAUGGUGCCUCCCAAUUAAAUUUCUCUCUUUUUACUCAAAUUUACAUCCAAUUUCAUAGACCUUGAGAAAUUUUUAGAGUUUUUGGUCUCAAUUUUCGAGCUAGAAGUAGAUUGGUUAUCAAGGUUACAGACUUUCAAAAAUCAAAUGAUUUUUUUGACUUCUUGUCUUCCCUCGAACUUUAAACGUCUUGGAAAUAUUUAGAGUUCAAUAUGAUCCUUUUUGCAGCCGACCCAAUGGCCCCACUCCUUCCGGACGCCGAGUUCCUGAAGCAGAAUCCGCUGGUCGACUAUGACACUCCGAAGUUGGACGGCGACGACGACGAGAACGACGGCGCCGCGCCGGCCCCGGCCAAUAUUCUUUUCCCGAGUGCGGCCAGGCAAGACGUCGGCACGGCUGGAGGCAACGAGGAUGACGGUGACUUUUUUAUUUCAAGUUUAAUGUAAGGAAAGAGUUCUAUGGAACUUGAGCUGUAAGGCAACGAGGAAGUGGUGACCUUUUUUUGUAGGAUUUGUUAAUACUUUUUUCUUUUGUCUGAAACUCGAUCUAGUCUAAUAGUGUUGAAUAAAAAUGCGGACGCAAAUUUUUUAGCCGUUUCCUUUUACUGUAGCCAGGUUACUGUAGGUAGAUUUUUUUAUCUGUGUAUCAAUCGAUAGGUAAUGCAAUUUCAGGGGUUUUCACAAUACGGGAUGAAUUGGGUUAUUGUCAUGAUUCAAACUCGAAUAAAAGUCAGUGAAAAAAAAUAAUAAAAGGAUUAUAAUGAACUUUAUUAAUCAAUGAAGCGAUUUCCAAGAGUUUUCUGAAUGUGAACCUUUUCCAGACAUGGUGCCGGUGAACUUCGAAGACUACAAGGACACCGAUGGCGAGAAGGAAUCGACGAACAAACAUCCGCAAAAUAAAGACGUCGACCAGAGGCCCAACUUGUCCGAGAACAAGGUUGAAGACGGCGAUUCCAAGGUAAAAAAUUUUGCAAAGUUUUUUUUUCUUCUCUUAUCCAAAAAAGUAGUAAUAACCAUCUCACAUCGUCUUUUUGCGGCUUCGCUACGAUACCUGUGAAUUUAAUAUAUAAGUUUCUUUAAAAAAAAAUGAGAAGACUAAUUAUUCAAUUAACGAUUGAAUUUCAGCAGCAAUCAACAGAAGUCUCGGGCUCGCCCAGACAACCCUACUACGUCCUUCUUUUCUUCCCGAUGGCCGCCUCUUGGGUCCGAUUCUUCUUCAGCUUUUGA